UGAGGCGAGUGUGGGGCGCCGAUUUACGGAAGCCUGGAGCGUUCAGUGUUCUGCGAGUUACAUAACGCGUUCUUUGACACCAGUCAUGGCACACGACGAAGGCAGUCCGUCCACGGAAAAUCAGGUGACUUACUACCGUUCGGAGGAGGUGAGGAAAAGGAACACGUGUAAAGAGACCUGGCUGGUGAUCCACGGCAAAGUAUACGACAUUACCCGCUUCGCGGAGGAGCACCCGGGUGGGGAGGAGGUCCUCUUUGAACAGGCUGGAUGUGAUGCCACUGAGAGCUUUGAGGAUGUAGGACAUUCGUACGACGCACGGGAGAUGCUGAAGCAGUACUAUAUAGGAGACCUGCAUCCGGAUGACUGCAAAAAACAAGAUAAAAAGGAUUCCGAGACAUCACCCAGUUCAUCAAGCUCUUGGUCAAGCUGGCUGAUCCCCACUGUGGCCGUGGUUAUCCUUGGCGUUAUGUAUCGUUUUUACUACAUGGAUAACCGGUCCUCUUGAGUUUUAGCUCCUCGGGACCACAGCUUGCUGGAGUCUUCACGCACAAAGAAAAUGAACAGGAUCAACACACAAAUCAGGGGUCCUUCCCCUCUUGUCUACAACAGAAUCCCACCUUUACCACGGACCGGAGACUUCCCGUUUUAACUUUGCGACCAAGACAUUUUUUGUCCAUAUCAUGAGAGUGAUUGUGUUUUUAUCUCUGUAAAUCUGCGAUCUUCUUGCAGGACUUUAAAACAAAAAAAGUGCUACUUUGGAUUUUGUGUCACAAAGCAUGCCUCGUGCCUGUUAUACAUGUAUGUUAGUCAAGUGGCUCUAUGUGUUUCACUUAUAUCUCACCAAGGUGGAGAAGCUGCUACGUUCUUGCAUUAAUUACUCUAUGGAGAAGACAUGCCUUUGUCCCUGAGUUGUGAAGGUGGAUGUAUUUUGGCACAGUAGAAUAUUAAGAAUUUUAGGAAUAUUCCUUGAGGAUUGAAUGAUUCUUGUCGUUUUGUGUCUCCUGCUUUUUAUUUUGUUUGUAAUAACUAGAGCAACUGUGCUCCAUGUUCAAACAUAUUUACACGCUGUCAAGCCAUAAUAAUGACGUACUCAUUUUUAAUAAAUCUUGUUCCAUGUGGCUUAUCGGGACAGAUCUGUAUGACACUACGUGUAGUCCUCUAUUCUUAAUCCCGGAGUGUGUGUGACGAUCAA